AUGGUGCGUCAGCGCACCAGCGCGGGGGCUGGAAUCCACGCCACCAAAGAGACUCCCUCUCCACAGAAAGGGGCGCAGUCACACGUGCAGACGCCGCCGCCGCCGGAGCUGCCGCAGUCGCAGCCUGAGUCUGUGCAGCCAUCUGCGCCCGCGCAGCCGGAGGAGUCGUCGGAGGAGGAGGUGGUGGUGAACACCGUCCAAGCCCCUGCGGUGGUGGAGAUGGAGCCGAUUCCUGAGCCGCCGGCGCCUGUGGCGCUUGUGAUUGCGCCGCACUACGUGCUGGAGAUUGAACGCGUUGUGUCCGUGAAGCUGCCUCCCCGUGUGACGCAGACGGCAGAGACGCAGCGCGGCCUCUACAUGUUCUCAGCCCAGGCCGGCAAGCCUCCGACCCCUCCGCCGACGGUUCAGCAGCACGCUGUGUACCGCCCCGACACGGCGAACCUCGGAACGCGGCAGUGGUCCCUCGGCACUGACUCGCGCAUUCAGCAGCCCCCCCAGCAGCAGCAUGCUUGGCCUUCGGCUAGCCAGUUCGACUACUGGAACAACGCUCCAGAGCGCGUUCAGGCGUCCCGGCCGUUCAUGGGCACCCAGGCACAGGCGCCGUACAACUCGUACCCCUCAGCAGCGCCUCUCGCGCACCAGCGCGCCACCGGCAAUGCGUUCCCCGUUCGCUUCCGCUCCAGCGAGGUGCCCGAGUCGGCCCUGCGCCAGCAGUCCGCUGUCCCCUUUAACCGUGCUUCCCAGCCGACUAACGGCGGUGGCGUGUGGUAG